UGCAAGCUUCCCGCUGUAGCAGUGGGAGCAGAUGUUUUGAGCAGCGCAGCCAAUCACAGCUUUCCUCCAGUGCCUGAUGCUAAAAGCUCCACACUCACCAGAAGGCAUCAGGCUCCAGAUUACCACUGGAUUUAACACAUGGACUCGCACUUUCACUUCCACUGUUCAUUCAAGCAUUCAAGCACCGCAAACUCAUCCAUCUGACCGCUGCUGACCACACUGAUAUCAUGGAAGAGGAGGAGGAGCCAACCGAGGAAUUCAAUUAACACCGCCCCUCCCCCUGGCGCUCUCUUAGCCGUAUAGAUCCAAUGGUUAUGGAUUAAACGAAGGCCUAUACAGAAAUAAGAGUGUAGUUACUAUGGAUACAAGUUCUCUAUUAAAUCAGCUAAGGAAGAAUACUGCUUAAUACGUCAAAUAUAUUUUGGCUGUUGCGACACCUAUCUAUGGACAGAAUGAUGAAAAUGUAGGAGCGUUUAAAACCAAAUAUUCUGUCUUUUGAAUAGGAAAAAGUGUUGCUGAAAUACUGAAAUUCAUGAAUAUUAUCUGAUAAGCUCAUAAGACGAUGUGAUGACAUUAUUUUUGCUAUGUAAAUCACAGUCAAAUCAGAUAUUUUCAAAGUCUAAUAUAAAAUUAUUGAUUGUUCAUUAAUUGCUAUAUCUACAUGGCCAUUAUUUGAUCAAACAAGUUUCAUAAAAUUUCUAUUUACAAUCAAAAUUAUCCACAAAUGCGAUACUUGUCCAUCUACACGUAUCUUUCCUAAAUGACACAUCAACCAAUUCUUAAUCCCACAUACAAUUUAAGAUAUUUUCGAUAAAUCAGUUACAAAAUGGCGAGACAAGACGCCCCCUUGUUCCUACACGGUUUCGACCUUAGUGGUAACUUCACCGACCUCCGACCUCUGGGCACUGGGGUCACCGGUCUGGUCCUGUCCGCGCAUGACCAGAGGAGCGGACAGAAGGUGGCCAUAAAGAAGCUGUUGAUGAGGGACGCGGUGUCGGUGAAGCACGCGCUGAGGGAGGUGAAGAUAACCAGGAGACUGCACCAUGAGAACGUGGUGAGGGUUUAUGAAGUCCUGGCCCCACACGGACACCCUCUGCCCCAGGACCCCCGGCAGCUCAGCGCACUCUACAUCAUCCAGGAGUGUAUGGAGACGGACCUGGCUAGACUGCUGGAGCAAGGGCCCUUACCCACAGGUCAUGCCACUCUGCUGUUCUACCAGCUGCUGAGGGGCCUCAAGUUCAUCCACUCGGCCAACGUCCUCCAUCGAGACCUGAAGCCCGCCAACAUCUUCAUCAACACCGACCAACUGCUGCUCAAGAUCGGAGACUUCGGCCUGGCCAGGAUCGUCGACCCGCACUACUCCCACAAGGGCUAUCUGUCGGAAGGCCUGGUUACUAAGUGGUACUGCUCACCCCGCCUCCUCCUGUCACCCAACAACUACACCAAAGCCAUCGACAUGUGGGCGGCCGGCUGUAUACUGGCAGAGAUGCUCACCGGAAACAUGCUAUUUGCAGGGGCUCAUGAGCUGGAGCAGAUGCAGUUGAUCCUGGACACAGUUCCUGUUCUCAGAGAGGAGGACAGACGAGAACUACUGCAGGUGAUGCCAUCUUAUGUGAGUGAUGGUUGGAGAGUGAAGAGGCCCUUUUCAGAGCUGCUGUUGGGUGUGGACCCUCAGGCCGUGGACUUCCUGGGUCGUAUCCUGACCUUUAACCCCAUGGACCGGCUGACAGCGGAGGCAGCUUUGUCCCACCCAUUCCUUUCUCCAUAUGCGUGUCCCGAGGAUGAGCCCGUGUCCUCUCAGCCCUUCAGGAUCGAGGACGAGCUGGAGGACAGUCUGUUGAGUGAAACUUGUUUAAGCCACUGCAGCAGCUCCACAAACUGGGACAGGUUUGGGAACAGCCUCUCCACAGACCUGUGUUGGCAGCACUCGGGGGGAAGGUGCCGCUGUAUGCCCCCCAGUGUCAUGACCUCUGACCUGGGUGACACAGAGGACGAGGAGGUGCAGAGGGACCCAAGGGCUAACUCUGCUACUCUGAUAGAGGAGGCACAGGUGGACCCACGCAAAUACUCCCAUAGCAGCUCUGCCGAACGCUACCUGGAGCAUUCCCACUCAUCCCUGGAGCGGGCCUUUGUUUCCGGGGAGCUGGACUGCGGCCGCUCCUGUGACUACAAAGUGGGCUCUCCCUCUUACCUGGACAAAAUCGCGUGGAGGGAUGGCAAACCACAGCACUACUCCGAACCCAAACUCAUUCUAGAUCUGUCCCAUUGGAAACGCAACGCCAACAGCAGCCUGAAUAUCACAUCAGAACCAGUAGGGGGCGGUGUGGAGGAUGUAGAAAUGGAAGUAAAGCCUGAAGAGGAGGAGCAGGGAAGCGGGGAUUUGUUUCAGGAGAUUUCGCGUUGGGUUGAAAGUACACAAUCACGUCUUCACUCACCAUCUCCUAGUUCACUGUUAGAACCAGUGUUUCCUAAUUGCUAUACGUCCUCUCCUCCUUUACCUCUUUCUCCAACAGACCAGCAAGCUCCAGUCUUCCGCUAUACCGAAGUUAUCCAGCCGCCCUCGCCAGACUUUGACGUACGCUCACCAAGUCCAAUUCCUCCUAACGCGCCCUCGUUCGCCUCGCUUCCUUCCCUCGUUCCCUCAUCUCCUACUUGCAUCAUCCUCCCUCGCUCGCCCGCCUCACCCGCCUCGCGUCCCAUCUCACCGCGCUUAUUCCCGCUCCGAAAAUGUUCCCAGAAUUCCUCAACUUCUUCCAUGUCCCAAAACGACGGAUCGUUGGAAUCGCUGCCUGUUAAGGAAAAAGAGCACCUGUUUAACUUUGACGUGUUCAUCUCCAAAGCGCUGAAGUUGUGCAGACACGCGAGAGAUAAAACGGAGGGAAAGAAACCGAAGGAUGCAGGGUGGAAGGAGGACAACAAACAAAUGGGAAUAAACCAAAAAGUGCCAAGGCUUCCGGAGCACAGGACUCCUCCACCGCCCACCCCACACUCAUAG